GGCAGUGAGUGCUUGGAAGGUCCCCUUCCCAGACACGCCAUGGCUGCACGGACUGUCCCCCAUGCCUACCCCAUGAGUUCGGAGUACGAGUUUGCCAACCCUAGCAAGAUCUACGACCAGAACUUUGGAGAAGGUGUGUCCUCAUGUGAGAUUUUAGCCCCUGCCCUGUACCAUGGCUACUACAUCAGGCCUCGGAUCAAUAAGCAGCUGGAUCGAGGCACCUCUGAGAUCAGCCUCAAUGAGCACAAAUUCCAGGUGUUCCUGGAUGUCUGUCACUUCCUGCCAGAUGAGCUCACUGUCCGCACCGUAGACAACCUGCUGGAGGUGAUGGGGCAACACCCACAGAAGGCUGACCGCCAUGGCUUCAUCUCCCGAGAGUUCACCAGGACCUACAUCCUUCCUCUGGAUGUUGACCCCUUGCUGGUGAGAGCCACGUUGUCCCAUGAUGGCAUCUUAAGCAUUGUGGCUCCCCGGACAGGGAAGGAGGUGAAGGCCAGAGUCAACGAGGUGAAGAUAACCCAACAGGAGCAGCCAGUGGGGAAAGAAGAACAGUCUGAGGAAGGAAAAGGGAAGGAAGAAUCCUAAAGGCUCCAGAUCUGGGCUUAC